UAAUGUUAUUCAACAUAAUUUAUGUGGAAAGAUCAUUCAGGGGUGGCUAGUUCUAAUUUGUCUUUUUUUUAAGCAUAAAACAUUUUAAAGCAUAUAUUGAAUAUCUGUGUAAUAUACUCGUAUAUCUUGUGUUUUUUUUUAAGGUGGCUGGAAUAACAACCCUAAUGCCAGCCAGUUCAAGUUUAUCUUCAGAAAGCUGAUGGCCCGGUGUGGAGUUGUUGAAUCAUGCAGAGGCAAUGUAACAGCACAGGAUGAGACAGAGUCCCUAGCAGCGGUCAUCGACACCUCUACAAGCAUAUCAGCUGUAGAUAUGUCCUCUGCAGCAGGAGGAGAAGAUCUUCCAUCCCCGUUUGAUGACAUUCCUGCCCUAGUACACGACCACAGCUACCUUCCCGUCCGCUUCGAUGGUCUUGUGGACAACGCUCUUGUGUACAUUUCAGGAUUUGUUGUGCGACGGGCUCUGAAAAAGCUCCCAUGUGAUGUCUGCCGUGCCAGCCUGGUGACAGACGCUGCAUCUGCCAUUAAGGACCAGAGCUACCACCUGCUGUCACUAAAAAACAAUGGAGGCCUGGUGAUUCCAUCAGAGGGCACAGUGAGGGUCAUCAGGGCAGCAGAGUGGGUCAUUCGCCAGGCAUCAUCCUUUAGACGAUCACAGCCCAUCAAACUGCUUGAGGUCAUCUACCUUGUACGGAAGAGGAUCGGGUCUGAGGAUGUGUUUGUGCUCGGGGAGCACAUCGGCGACACGCAGUAUGGCAUAGACAGCCACCACCAUACGCUGCUAACAAUAGUUGUGUCCCUGUUUUUUAAGCUGAGGCUACACCACAUCGCUAAAAUGACCACACUUAGCUUACAGAGCAACAACAUGCGACAAAAGCUCAACAAAACAGUCCUUUUCAAAGGGCAUUAGAUCUCUGUCGGCCCGCCCAUUUUCUUUUUUCUCUUUCUCUCUCUCGCAGGAGUUCUCAGGUGCGCGAAAAGGCUUGCCUAGUCUGUGCUCGAGGCUGCUUCUCUCCCCUCUGUGUUUUGACUUUUUGUUUGGUUUUACAGGACUGAUCUUUGCACCACACUUUUGGUUC